AUGGCCCUCCCCGCCUACGCCUCCUACCAAUACUUCACCACCACCCAACCGCGCCCCCUCAUCGCCCACGUCGAAAUCAACCGCGCCUCCAAACUCAACGCCUUCCACGAAGCCAUGUGGCUCGAGCUGCGCUCCGUCUUCACGCAACUCUCCACAGACCCAGACGUCCGCGCCAUAGUGCUCUCGGGCGCCGGCGACCGCGCGUUUACGGCUGGAUUGGACGUGCAAGCCGCUAGUGAGGGUGGGGUUCUCAGCAGUGAUGGGGAAGCGGCCAACUUGGAUCCGGCGAGGAAGGCGGCUGCGUUGAGACGGUAUGUGGCGGAGUUUCAGGGAUGUAUUUCGGCGGUUGAGAGGUGUGAGAAGCCCGUCAUCUGCGUAAUGCAUGGCAUCGCUCUGGGCCUCGCGAUCGACAUCGCCUGCUGCGCCGACAUCCGGCUCUGCGCGCGUGACACACGGUUCGCCGUCAAAGAAGUCGACAUCGGGCUAGCAGCAGACAUCGGCACGCUUGCGCGGCUGCCCAAAGCCGUGGGGUCACAGUCGUGGGUCAAAGACGUGUGUCUGACGGCGCGGGACUUCAGCGCGGCGGAGGCGUUGGCCGUGGGGUUUGUGAGCCAGGUGUUGGAUUCCAAGGCCGCCGCGUUGGGGGUGGGGUUGAAGACAGCGGCUUUUAUCGCGGAGAAGAGUCCGGUUGCUGUGCAGGGGACUAAGGAGUUGUUGAAUCAUGCGAGGGAUCAUACGGUGGAGGAUAAUCUUAGGUAUACUGGUGUGUGGAAUGCGGCGGCGCUCCAGACCAACGACGUGCCGGCGGCUCUCAUGUCGGUGCUCCAGAAGCGGAAGCCGACGUUUGAGAAAUUGUGA